AUCACACAAUCCUUCGCAUUUCCCACGCCGUUUUCCUACACAACCAAAAGCAAAAACUUCUUUCGUUUCUCUUCUUCUUCAUGGGGAUUCCCACUGCUUACUCAAAAUUUGUCUUACCAGAACCCAUCCUUCACGCGCUUUCGAUACUCGAUCUCAUUCUCAUCCGCCUCGGACUCUCCGAUUCCCUCCUCCAACCGGACAUGAUUUGGCCUGAUAACCGGAUCCAAACAACAUCCGAACCCGCUCCAUUGAUCCGGAUGAAGAGCCUUCCCGUUAAGAAGUUCGAGGAGCUUGUUGUCGGAGGGGACCCGCCAGAGAAUUGUGCUGUUUGCUUGAUCGAGUUCGGAGGAAGGGAAGAGGUCGGGUGGUUGAAGAACUGUAAACACGUUUUCCAUAGGGCAUGUUUGGAGCGUUGGAUGGACCAUUAUCACAAUACGUGCCCGCUUUGUAGGGCACCAUUGUUUUAACAAGUUUAUGAUAUUAUAUCAUAAUACUAAAUUACGAUUGCAUCAUAAUAUAACGAUCGUAUCAUAAUGUUUAUUAUCGUGAUACUGCAAUCGCAACUAUAAUUUAGUAGUAUGGUUUAUAA